AUGGCUAGAGGAGAGGAAGAACGAAGGAAGAGCUCCAGAUCUGCUCCAAAAACAAAAUCAAUAAAAGCUAUUAGUUCGCCGGAAGUCGAGCUACCUAGCACCUUAAAGCCUAAAAAGCUGUUUGUCGAAGCCACGCCGCAAGGAUCUGUUGCUGCUCCGGCAUUUUCAGACCCUACGGGUGGUGGAAGAAGGCGCGGCCCCAAGAGGACCGUGGUAACACCACAAGGAAAGCACGUAUUAACUAGUGAUGCACGUCUUCAUCUGGAAAAGCUUAAGGCUCGGCGAUUGCGAGCUCAAGCUGGAAAAGCUUACGAGGUGGCUAAUCUCGAAGAUGAGCUUCUAGCUCUUGACACUAGGAGACGCAUGCUCGCUUCUCGAGUGCGUCAACAGAGGGAGAUUGCACGCCUGGAGGCGGAGAUGGGGACUGCCUCCCAGGAGUAUCAAACAAGAGAUGAUGAUGAGAUCUCAUGGAGACCAUCAAACAACAGUGAGUACUCGACAAGAGCUGACUCGGCUGGAUCAUACAGCUCUCGUCACCGUAAGAAGAAGAGGACACUUGAUGAAGAGGAAGAAGCAGAAACAGGACCUAACCCUAAGAUGAAUGUUGAACUCACCAAGCUCAGGAGAGAGGUCGCUCAGUUAAGAGAACAAGUCAAGACAGGCUCGAGUGGUCUCGAUGUUCCAUCUGAGAGCCCCCUCUCUGAGGAAAUUGAGAGCUACAUGCUGGACAAGAAUCUCAAAAUCCCCAAUAUAGGUCAGUUUGACGGGACGACGGCCCCGUCUGACUUUAUUAAUCAAUUUGACGGAAGAAUGAGUUACUAUGGGCACUCACAGAUAUCUCGAUGCCGCUUCUUCUGCACUUGUCUUAGUGGCACAGCAUUAGAAUGGUUUGACAAUCUGCCUCCGCGCUCUAUAGACUCCUGGAGUACACUGAAGAAUAAGUUUCGAACAAGGUUCUCAAGUAACAAGAAAGGUGGCAAAAUUACAGCCUCUUUAAUGACAGUGCGCCAAAGGUCCUCAGAAUCUCUUAGAGACUUUUUGGCGCGCUUCAGAAAUGAGGUGGCUCUCAUACCUAAUCUCAUCGACGAGCUGGCUAUCAACUACUUGGCCGCAGGGGUAGACAAGUCUCGGCAUGGACUUAUUCUAGAGGAGUUCUUUGAGAAGAACCCCCGAACCCUACAGGCAGCUAUGGAGAUCUUUGAGCAUAGACUCACAAUUCAGGAGGCUGUUGGCAGUAUUCAGAUGCACUCACCUCAGGCCAGACGCUGGGAUAGAAAUUCUGGUUCGUCAAGCAAGUGGGAAGCAAGGAGACCAGACAAUCGCACUUCUCAAGGAAGCGAAGGAGCUGAGAACCAGCGAGCCAAUUUGGUCACACAGCAAAGCCAAGCAGCCUCUGCGCCUCAGCAGCCCAGAGGCUCUUGGCCCCCUCGGCCCCCAAGGGAGCAAAAGGAAUACACUAAGCUUAAUGUGGGACUCAACGAAAUCCUGGCUGUCAUAAAAGCUGAUCUUAAUUAUCGACCUCCAAGGCCGAUGAAUCCUGAUAGACCGGCUAGUGACAGGUACUGUGAUUACCAUGAGGAUACCGGGCAUACAACAGACAGGUGCUAUCAACUAAGGAAUCUCAUUGAAAGAAAGAUACAAAGCGGAGAAUUUUCACAUUGGGUUCUGAAAGAUGACCCGAACCAAGCCAAGCAACCAGAUGCUGACAGAAUCAUUGACGUCAUUUCUGGGGGUAUAGCUGCAGGGGGCGCUUCAAACAACUCUAAAAAAUCAUAUGCCAGGGAAGUAUUCAGGAUUGACUCUAAGCGACCAAAGCGUAACCCCUCCCCGGUAAUUUCGUUCUCUGAUGCAGAUUACUCAGAGAAUCUAUUAGAAACACACCAAGACGCUCUGGUCAUAACAACCAAGAUUGGGACCAACCUGGUCAAGAAGAUUCUCAUUGACAAUGGUAGUUCGGUGGACAUUCUUUAUCACGGAGCUUUCCUAAGGAUGGAUUUAGGGGAUAGGAAACUUGAAGAUGCUAGGGGAUCCCCUUUAUACGGGUUCACCGGAAAUGAAGUUCGAGUCGUAGGAACCAUUGAUUUACCGGUUUUGUUUGGAUCACCACCCUGCCAGCUUUGGAGGGUACUCAAGUUCCAUGUGAUAAAUGCAGAAUGUAGUUACAAUGCCAUUAUAGGGCGAACCACCCAGUCCGCCCUUAAGGCAAUAACAUCCAUCACGCACUUAAAAAUGAAAUUUCCAACUGAAUUCGGAAUCGGGGAAGUUAAGGGCGAUCAACGAAUGUCCAGACAGUGUUAUAUUUCCAAUGUGAAACCGAAAAGAAAGCCUCAUAGGUCCUCAGCCCCUUCGGUGAACCAGGUCUCCAUCGAGCCUCCUCAUUUGGAUCAAUCAACUAAGGAAACACUGGGAAGCAAUGAACUACAGGCAAACAAUGAAAUGCUAGAGUCACCGGCCUAUGAGCUCAUGGAUAUUGACCCACAGGUUGAUCAGGGAGUGGUAAAACCCCCUGCCUCUGAGCCAAGUGACAUUGACCCGCAGGUUGAUCAGGAGAUGGUAAAACCCCCUGCCUGUGUGCCAAAUGAGACGCUAGAGCAAAUAAGCAUUGACCCAAAUAAUUCAGAAAGAACAGUGGGCAUAGGGACAAACCUUUCCCCGCAAGUGCGUCAAAGCUUAAUUUCCCUGCUGCAAGAGUUCUCUGACAUAUUCGCUUGGUCACCCAGCGAUAUGCCGGGGAUUCCAGAAGAUAUAGCACUCCAUCGCCUAAACAUAAAGCCCGAAUUCAGGUGCGUCAAACAGAAGAAAAGAACCUUCUCACCUGAGAAGCAAGAGGCCAUAGAGGCCGAACUCAAACGCCUCUCAGAAGCAGGGUUCAUAAAAGAAGUUCAAUAUCCGACUUGGAUCGCCAACACAGUGCUGGUAAAGAAAAGCAACGGCAAAUGGCGAAUGUGUGUGGAUUACUCUGAUCUCAACAGGGCCUGUCCCAAGGAUUUUUACCCUUUGCCGAAUAUUGAUCAACUCAUAGACGCUACAGCAGGUCAUGAAUUAAUCUCCUUUAUGGAUGCGUUUUCGGGCUAUAACCAAAUUAAGCUGGCCAAGGAAGAUCAGGAUAGCACAGCUUUCAUCACCCAUAAGGGGGUAUUCGCCUACACGGUACUACCCUUUGGGCUUCUCAAUGCAGGCGCCACGUUUCAAAGAACCAUGGAUACCGUUUUCGCGGACCAGAUAGGAAGAAACAUGGAGAUAUAUGUCGAUGACAUGAUUGUAAAAUCAGUAAAGGCUCCAUCCCAUGCAAAGGAUCUGCGAGAAACAUUUGACUGCAUAAGGAAAAAUCAAAUCAGACUGAAUCCCGCCAAAUGUUCAUUUGGUCUAGGGGGCGGCAAAUUCCUGGGGUACCUACUCACUCAGAGGGGCAUAGAGGCAGACCCUUCCCAGAUCGCAGCAGUAAGGGACAUGCAACCCCCUAAGACAGUCAAAGACCUACAAAUCCUUACUGGUUGCAUCGCAGCUUUGAGGCGAUUCAUUCCCCAGUCGUCCAAGCGGAGUCUUCCCAUGUACGAGGCCAUCAAGCAAGCAUCCAAGGCAAGACACUUCGAAUGGACUCAGGAAUGUCAGAGCAGCCUAGACGACAUCAAAGAAUUCUUAGCCAAUCCGCCAAUAUUGGCAAGGGCCAUACCAGGCGAGCCUCUCAAGCUGUAUCUCUCAGCUUCUGAUUCAACAACAGCGGCGGUAUUGAUAAAAGAAGAAGGGACUGAGCAAAGACCAGUAUAUUAUGCCAGCCAUAUGCUUAAAGAUACCGAGACACGAUACAGCAAAAUUGAAAAAUUGGUCUUAGCCUUAGUAACGGCAAGCAGGAAACUGAGACAGUAUUUCCAAGGUAGAAGCAUCACUGUCAUGACUUCUCAGCCCCUCCGCCGAGUACUUCAUCGGCCAGACAUCUCUGGCAGGCUAGCAGCCUGGACCAUCGAGCUAAGUCAGUUCAACUUAGAAUUUGAACCACGAAACUCAAUGAAGUCUCAGGCGCUGUCAGACUUCGUGGCAGAAUGCAACUUCUCCGAAAGCCCACAACAAGGCCCCGCCCAAUCACUAACCGACAAGGCAUGGACAUUGUAUACCGAUGGAUCAUCAACAUCUGAAGUAGGUGGUGCCGGGGUACUUCUGGUCAGUCCUGAGGGAUUCAAAGUUCAACAAGCCAUACGCUUCGGAUUUCCAGCCACGAACAAUGAAGCAGAAUAUGAGGCUUUAAUCGCAGGGAUAAAGCUGGCAAGCCACUUAGACGCUAAAAUAGUGGACAUUUUUUCAGAUUCACAGUUGGUGGUAAAGCAAGUGUCUGGUGAAUUCAAGGCUACCAAUGAAAGGAUGAUAGCGUACUUGAAAGUCGCAAUCACCCUUCUAGGUACAUUUACCUCGUGGAGCAUCAAAAACAUAGCUAGGUCAGCCAAUCACUGGGCUGAUGCCUUGUCAAAACUAGCUACAUCCACGGCGGCAAAGAACUCGGAACCUAUUUACGUAAAGGAACUGACGUGCCCGUCUCUGGUUCAAGAAACGGUCAACUGCAUCACAAGUCAAGAUGAUUGGAGGACUCCAAUCAUUCAACAUAUCAAAGGGACUUUAAACUUAGAGGAUAAAGCUGAACAAAGGAAAAUUGCAUUCAAAGCGCGCAACUACUGUCUGAUUAGUGACCAACUUUACCGACGAGCACUAGUGGAACCACUUCUCAAGUGCAUCGGUCAGCAGGAGGUUCAAACAGCUAUGCAAGAAAUACACUCGGGAAUUUGUGGAAAUCACAUCUCUGGUAGAAACAUGGCCUUAAAAAUAAUGAGACACGGGGUGUAUUGGCCAACCAUGAAACAAGAUUGUGAGGAAUAUUCGAAAAAAUGUAAGGCAUGUCAACUCUACGGAACGGUAAGUCACAAACCCACAGCAACGUUCAGCGCAUCUCAGUCUCCAUGCCCCUUUGCCAUGUGGGGUAUUGAUCUAGUCGGCCCUUUGCCUAAGUGCACUGGCCAGAAACAGUUUUUGAUCGUGGCCAUCGAUUACUACACCAAGUGGCCAGAGGCUAAGCCCCUAGCAAGGAUCAGAGAAACAGAAGUAGUCCAGUUCUUCAUGGAAAACAUAGUGUUUCGCUUCGGGGUACCCAGAGUCAUAGUGACAGAUAACGGAUCGCAGUUCACAGGCAAGGAUUUUGAAGAGGCCUUAGGCCAGCUAAAGAUAACACACAUCAAGUCUUCAGUAGCAUAUCCGCAGGCUAAUGGUCAAGUUGAGAUUACCAACAAGGCGAUACUACAGGGAAUCAAGAAGAGGCUUCUAGACGCACCAUCUAACUGGGUUGACGAGUUACCAAAUGUCCUGUGGGGAUACCGCACUACCCCAAGAACCGCAACAGGCGAGACACCCUUUCGCCUAGCAUACGGGACAGAGGCAGUGUUACCACUAGAAAUCAGCAUGGGGUCUCUCAGGAUCGAAAAUUUCAAUCAGCAAGGGAAUGAAGAAGGGCUCAGACUCAACAUCGACCUCGUAGAAGAAGUGAGGGACAGGGCUCAGCUCAAGGUUGCUCAAUACCAACAAAAGGUGGCCCAGUACUACAAUGCCAAAAUCAAGCCUCGCCAAUUCCAGGAAAACGAUUUGGUUCUCAGGGAAGCAGCAGCCUCAAUGCCACUCAAGAUGAGCAAGCUCUCAGCUCCUUGGGAGGGCCCUUACAAGAUAAUCAAAGUGGUCAGGCCAGGAACUUACCGCCUUGCCCAACUAGACGGUUCUCCAAUACCAAACACCUGGAAUGCAAUUCACCUAAAGAAGUUCUACCAGUGA